AUGGAGAGAAAUUCUGGAGUACUUGGGUUCAUCAUUUUCAUGGAGAAGAAGCUCGCCCUGAUGUUUCGAGUACUAUUUACUAUCCAGGAACCGGCUCAUUCGUUAUUCCAGAUGCGUAAACUCCAUAGAACUGAAACGAGUAACUCAUUGUCGGAGGAAAUCGCCAAUGCAACCGAAUUCCUAAAGCGCAAGCAAAUUGAGAUGGCAGAAGAUCAUGAUCUCAGUGUUAUGGAGAUAAUCAGCGGCAUCUCUGAGAUUGUGUGUUUUGAAAUAAAAGGAUAUUGGGGAAGUCUUAGUAUGCUGUUGGAGCCUCAAGUGAUGGACUACUACUACUAUGAUGAAAUAUCUGAUGAGGAGCAUUCCUCAGACGAGGAUUCACUGUAUGAGCAUGAGAAUUCAGAUUUGUCUGAUGAAAAUGACUCAUUUUACGAUUCUGAUCGUUCCGAUCAUGAGUUCCGGGAUGAUGGAGAUUGGUUCUAA